GUGGACUGGUUCAGAAUUCAUCGUCGCGCUUGCUUGCUUGGGGGCUUCAUUUUGUGAAUCAAUCAAUCAAAAUACAGCAAAUUAUUUGUUUUAAUCGUCUCUGUUCAUAGUUUUCUGUAUUGUAAAGAAUAUAUGGCCACUAAAUCGGUUUGACCAGAAUGUAAUAGCUACAUGUUACACAUUAAAAUCGAAACAGCAAGGUUCGCAUAGCGAGCCAUUCAUCAAAAAUGAGUAAAAGACGCCGUGCUUCGUCCGGGGCUUCGCGUGGUGCCGAUUUGGAUGAUAGUGACGAUGGCAUCGAGUUGAGCAACCCUGGGCCUCCUCCAUCUACACGGAAAAGGAAGAAGUUGGACCCUGGUGAGAUCUGCCAGCAGCUGUAUGACACAAUCAGGUCAUACAAGAAGGAGGAUGGCACAUUGCUGUGUGACUCCUUCAUCAGGGCUCCGAAGAGACGCCAGGAGCCACAGUACUAUGAAGUUGUUUCACAACCCAUUGAUUUGUUGAGAGUGCAACAAAAGUUAAAAACUGAUACAUACGAGGACAUUGAAGAGUUAUCAGCAGAUAUAGAGCUGCUGGUGAAUAAUGCUAAGGCGUUCUACAAGUCGGAUACCGUGGAAUACCGGGAUGCUAUUGACUUGUGGAAACUCUACUUGCAGACUAAACAGGCGCUUGAAAAUGGUGAAGAUAUCAAGAUGCCGAAACUGUCUCGCAAUGGCUCAUCGAGUAGACGUUCUGAUGUUGCAGAGGACUUGUCAGAAACAUCUACUAAUAACGAAGAGGAUAAUGUUUUUGAAGAAUUGUUCAAUGCUGUAAUGACAGCCAACACUGAUGGCCGACCUCUUUUCCCGGCCUUCCAAUUCUUACCAUCCAAGCGCCGUUACCCAGAGUACUAUAAUGUUAUAGACUCUCCCAUAGACUUGAAGACCAUAGCCCAGAAGAUACAGGGUGGGGAGUACACCAAUGUUUCGGAAUUGGAACGGGAUCUUUUGUUAAUGGUUCGGAACGCCUGCCAUUUUAAUGAGCCAGGCAGCCAGAUUUAUAAGGAUGCUAAGGCCUUGAAGAAGUUUAUACUGCAGGUCAUACAAAUGCGCAAACAAGAGAUCGACCAACACGGCCGAAGUGGACCGGCGAAGACUUCUGAACGUAUCCGAAGUAAGCGGACGUCGAGGGUUGGACCUGUGCCCAAUAGUAAGGCUUUGGCUAUCAUGGAACCACCGGGGUCGGAUACUGAGCCGGAUGUGAAGCAUUCUGAAGACAGCGGUGAUAGUGACGAAGAGAAGAAUGAAAACGAGGAUUCACCACAAUGGAAACUUCUAGAAACCAUCAAGAAUCAUUUAGGACCAAAUGGUCCUAUGUCAGAACCUUUUUGGAAGCUGCCUUCUCGCCGGGCUUAUCCUGAUUACUACAAGGAGAUCAAAAACCCAGUGUCUUUGAACCAGAUUAAAAAUAAAAUAAGAAGGGGCAGCUAUGGUACAUUGUCAGAAGUAGCGGGAGACAUGAACAUUAUGUUCGAAAACGCUAAACAAUACAAUGUACCAUCUUCUAGAUUGUACAAGGAUGCUGUGAAAUUACAGAGAAUAAUGCAACAGCGUGUCCAAGAAUUACUGGACAUCGUACAGAGUUCGUCGAGUGAUGAUGAGAGUCUCUCCUCCGUGAAGAACCAAGCUCAAGUGCAGACAGCCAGGCCGAGGGGUCGGCCCCGUCUAAACCCCCCUGUAUCUACGACUCCAACCCCAUCGAGCACCCCCAUAAAAUCCAACUUACCUCUGAAGAAGAAGCUGCACUACAUAUCUAAACAACUGGUGGAGUUCACCUGUUCUGACGGCAGACAGCCCAUGUUGCUGUUCAUGGAGAAACCCAGCAAGAAACUCUACCCGGAGUACUAUAAUGUGAUCGAUAAGCCUAUCGAUAUGAUCACUAUUGAGGCUAAUAUUAAGAAUGAUCGCUACAACUCCAUAGACGAGAUGGUAUCAGACUUCCGUCUAAUGUUCUCAAACUGCCGCCAAUUCAACGAAGAAGGUUCGAUGAUCUACGAAGACGCCAACCUUCUUGAACGCGUCAUGAACGAGAAACUCAAGGAGGUUAAUAACAGUAGCAGUUUUGAGAGGAAGACUCCUUUGAAGACGUUCAAAGCGGCCCCUAAGGCGAGGCAGUUGUCGCCUUUUGAACAGAAACUGAGGACUUUGUAUGAUGCGAUUAGAGAUUAUAGGGAUCCUAAAGCCAACCGCCAACUAGCCCUAAUCUUCAUGAAGCUACCCAGCAAAACCGAAUACCCAGACUACUACGAACUUAUCAAAAACCCUAUAGACAUGGAGAAAAUCGCCCAUAAACUUAAGAACAAUGUGUAUAGCUCGGUCAAUGAACUCGCUUCGGACUUUAUACUGAUGUUCGAUAAUGCCUGCAAGUAUAAUGAACCGGAUUCGCAGAUAUAUAAAGAUGCGUUGAUUCUACAUAGAGUCUGUUUACAGACUAAGCAGAUGCUGAGGGAGGAUGAUGAUGCAGUGCCCGAUGUACCUGCGGCUGUUCAGGAACUGCUCCUCAAUCUCUUCACCAGCGUCUACAACCAUCAGGAUGAAGAGGGCAGAUGCUACUCAGACAGCAUGGCAGAGUUACCGGAGCACGACGAGGCGGCCAAUGGAGAGAAAGUGCGAGCCAUCUCACUGGACUUGGUCAAGCGACGCCUGGAUAAGGGCUUGUAUAAACGCCUCGAUCACUUCCAGCAGGAUAUGUUCGCUGUUUUUGAAAGAGCCCGUCGCCUCUCCCGUACCGACAGUCAGAUCUUCGAAGACUCCGUAGAGCUCCAGUCCUACUACAUCGACCAAAGAGACCAGCUCUGCCGCGGCACCCUGCAGUCUCCCGCGCUGAACUUCACGAGAGACACCAUGGCCACCAGUGUGGAACUGGUCAAGCAGUGCAAGCUGCUGCAGGAGAACGAGGAAGAGGAUGAGACCAGAUCCAGCACAGACGACUCGCUCCCAUCGGGCGGGGCUCCACUACAGACGGCGUACAACAAAGGCGACUUUGUGUACGUGCAGCCCGACAAGGGACAUAAGGAACCGCAUAUAGUACAAGUCGAGAGGGUCUGGACCAAUAAUGAGGGAGUUCCCUGCAUGUAUUGCACGGCUUAUUAUAGGCCACAAGAAACCUACCACGUCCGUACCCGCAAGUUCCUACAACAAGAGGUGUUCAAGACCGAGUCCCGUCGCGUCGUACCACUCGACCAAGUUGUCGGACAUUGCUACGUUAUGAACGUUAAGGAGUACUUCAAGUUUAGACCAGAAGGUUUCGCCGACAAAGAUGUGUAUGUAUGCGAAAGCCGCUACAACACUAAAAUGCGCUGGUUCAAGAAGAUCAAGGUGUGGGACGGCGUGGAGAAGGAAGCCACUCUUAUACCUAGAGAGGUACCAUUGGAGCCUAACAGAACAGUGUCGGUAUUCCGUGAACGCGUUGAAAAGCAUAAGGACGAGUUAGCUGAACUCGAAGUGUUGGAAAAUGUACACGAGAAGGAAAGACCGGACGUGGUGAUGUACAAUCCCCUGGGCACAGACGACGAGAACACGUACUACGAACAAUACAACACAGUCUGCUCAGGCGUCAUAAAGACUGGCGACUACGUGUACGUGGUGACCGACGGCGGGAAGCAGAUGAUCGCUCAAGUCGACACCAUCUGGGAGACUGGCGACAACAAAUGCUACUUCCGCGGUCCGUUCCUGAUCUUCCCGUCGGAGGUGGCGAACAUAAUAAACAAGAGUAUGUUUGACUUCCAGCCCUUCUACAAGCAAGAGGUGCUUCUAACGACGAUGCACGAUACCAGUCCGUUGGUCGGCAUUGUCGGCAAAUGUGCAGUCUUGGAUUAUGAUGAUUAUCUUAAGUGUCGUCCGACAGAAAUAGCAGAGAACGACAUUUACGUGUGUGAGUCGGUUUACGACGAAUCUAACCGCGUCGCUCGGAAACUGAAAGCGGGACUGCGCAAGUUCGAGCAUACCAAGGAUGUUACUAUUGACGAGAUCUACUUCUUCCCGAAGCCUCUGGGUCCCCCAGCACUGGCGACGGCUCAGGAAGUGCAGUCCACGUCCAGCGCCUUCACGCAGAAGCAGUUCAACCCUCACAGCAACUCCAUGGACUCCAUGGACAGCAAGCCCCAGUUCACGAACCUGAUAAACACCACUAUAGGCAGUCAGGACGUCGAGAUGAUACUAGAAAAUUCUCUCGACGACUCGUCGCUCGCAUCACCUGCAACACCGCUCUCUAUAGGAGGCAACAGCAAUCCCUACAACCCGACAAUGACGGCCACCCCCACACAAGAGCGAACAAGCGCCACCCCCGCCAGCAGCAAGAAGAAGAAGGACGCCAACAAACAGAAGAUUGUCACCGGCUACAUUCUAUACUCCAGUGAGGUUAGAAGAGCUAUCGUGGCGAACAACCCCGAGUCUUCUUUCGGCGAGAUAUCGCGCAUCGUCGGCAACGAGUGGCGAUCGCUGCCCGCCUCCACUAAGCAGAGCUGGGAGGAACGAGCUGCCAGGUGCAAUGAGGAGACGGCUGCUAAACUCGCUGAGGAGAUGCGGGAGUUGGCGCAACAUACGCCGAUGGAGAACACGUACGAAUGUGCGUGGGAUACCUGCGACUACCAGUUCGAAGACCUGGCGGAUUGUAUGGAGCACUGCAUUGGUGAUGGCGGCAACAUGAUCGGUACAUAUAUCGAGACCAAGAAACCCAAGCUAGAACCGGGUCACGUUCAACAGCACUACCGGGGCACUCUCAACGAGUAUCCCUGCGUGUGGAGGAACUGCGCGAGAGUGCGGAAAGGACAGGCUCCCUUCCCUAACCUGCCGCGGUUGUUGAGACAUGUCAGGGAUCUGCAUGUCAAUAAGGGCAAUGGGAGGCUUAUGGCUGUUCAUGAGAGGUCUAGGAACUUCGUACCAUCAACAAAGAAGCCGGCCAAACCGUUGACUACUAACGUACGCAGUGGAGUUAUGUCGCCAGGAGCGUCCCUCUCCGGCAUGUCCCCCCUGGCCCGCAACACGCCGUCCCCGGGCGCAGGCGAGGCGUCGCUGUCGGCCGCGCCGCCCGCGCUGAGCUCGCGGCCGCCGCUCGACCCGCUGUUCGUGGCAGCACCGCCACGGGCACAGAGGCUGACGCACUCCGAGGCUUACAUCAGAUACAUCGAGGGUCUCCACUCUGAACAGAAAUACAUAACUCCUUGGGAGAAAUCCUUAACUCCCAUGCCAAUCAACCCAGACCCAGCUCAAUUCAACAUGCACAAAGUGCCAGCACAUUGGAUGACUGAAGAAGCCAUCAACGGCUAUCUGGCCCAAGACAAGAGCCUUUCAGAAACUGACAUACAGAAAAUGGACCAGAAUUCCAAAAUUCUUAAAGGACUAUGCUCUUUAAGAGAUUUCAUGAUGAAAGAUGCCCUGUAUCUUUCUAAGGUGGUGUAUGGGCAUAAUGUUUGAAUGAUGAAAUAAGAAUAAUUGAGCAUUGAAUACCAUAAUCCAAUUAUUGAUGUGGAAAUGAAAUUAUGUACUAAUAAUCAUGACUAAGUACUGACAGUAAAAUAUUCAGAUCGUAAAGCUAAAAAGUAGAUCCAUGUUGUUUAAAAAUAAUUUUUGCAAUAGCUAUAGCAUCUUAUCGUAGUAUUAUCAACAAGAAUUAAAUGUAUAAAUAUUUCAACAAAGCUUAAAUCACGUAUCAUGAAGUUUUCUAUCGAAUAUUGAUUAGCCUUAAGUGACAAUGUUUUUUUUAAUGAUUUUUAUUUCUUAGAGCUUCUAUUAGAGAAUUUAUUGUGUAAAUCAAACGUGGUACAUUCUAGAGGAUAAGAGAUCUGUGACCCGUUUUAUAAUAAAAAUAUAAAAAAAUA